UACUCCAUAGUCCCCGGUCUGGAUUCUUUUGCAAGGUAGGGAGAGACAAGGCUGGACACGAAUUUUGCCAUAUUACGCUCAAUAGUGAGAGACACCAGCUAGCUACUCGUAGAAGCUAGUAAGAAAAAAGGAUUCAUCUACGAAAAGACAGCCACUCCCCAAUUUUGGUGGACAUACCUCUAUUUAGCAGUGUUGAAGAACAUAUAUCGGGCAUGCGAGCGAGCAGAUAAUCCGAAGGAGAGAAUGGACGACCGGUCAACCUGAGAUUCAACUGGGGGAAACCCGACAUCCCAUUUUCUAGGUAGAAAGUACAGAUUUGUCGGGAUUAAAGCAAAUGGGACGCACUGGGCCUCUAGUCUGCGUGAAGGGAACACAGGGGCGACGCUAAAAACAAAGCAUUUUCUAUACAACAUGUCGGUCUUAUUUUUUUAGCUAGCUACUAGUACACGUCUAUAUAGCAAGUUGGAGACUGGGACUUCAGUGCUCCAAUAUUGGCCAAAUAAGUAUUUUUCGGUUGCGCUUGAAGGGGGCAGGGUUAGCUCGAUUUCUUCUCCCAUACUAACUCGGGGAGCGAUUCUUCGGCGAAGGGAGUGGUAGCUAAUUGAUAGAAAAAUGUCAGCGAAGGUGCGCCUGAAGAAGUUGGAGCAAUUGCUAGUGGACGGAACUCCAAAUAAUGCAAGUUCACUGAGCGUCGAGACCCUUCUGGAUAUAUUGAUAUGUUUGUACAACGAAUGCAGCAACUCUCCUUUAAAACGGGAGAAGCACGUGACAGACUUUCUGGAAUGGGUGAAGCCGUUCACCACUACCGUGAAGGAGAUGCGUCUGCACAGGGACGACUUCGAGAUGCUCAAGGUGAUCGGCAGGGGAGCAUUUGGCGAGGUUGCGGUGGUGAAGAUGAAAAACACGGAACGCGUGUACGCCAUGAAGAUCCUGAACAAGUGGGAGAUGUUGAAGAGAGCCGAGACGGCAUGUUUCCGCGAGGAGAGGAAUGUUCUGGUGAAUGGAGACUGCCAGUGGAUCACCACCCUACACUAUGCCUUCCAGGACGACAACUUCCUGUACCUGGUGAUGGACUACUAUGUGGGCGGUGACCUCUUGACCCUGCUCAGUAAGUUCGAGGACCGUCUCCCAGAGGACAUGUCCAAGUUCUAUGUGGCAGAGAUGGUGCUGGCCAUCCACUCUAUACACCAACAACACUACGUCCACAGAGAUAUCAAACCAGACAACGUGCUGUUAGACAUGAAGGGUCAUAUCCGUCUGGCCGACUUUGGCUCCUGCCUGAAAAUGAUGCAGGACGGCACGGUCCAGUCAUCUGUGGCUGUAGGCACUCCGGACUACAUUUCCCCUGAGAUCCUGCAGGCCAUGGAGGACGGCAUGGGCAAGUACGGUCCAGAGUGUGACUGGUGGUCCCUAGGGGUCUGUAUGUACGAGAUGCUCUACGGGGAGACGCCCUUCUAUGCAGAGUCCCUGGUGGAGACCUACGGCAAGAUCAUGAACCACGAGGAGCGUUUCCAGUUCCCCUCAAACAUCUGUGACGUGUCGGAGGACGCCAAGGACCUGAUCUCGCGCCUAAUCUGCGGCCGCGAGCGUCGCCUGGGCCAGAAUGGCAUCGGCGACUUCAAGGAUCACCCCUUCUUCGCCGGCAUCGACUGGGAACACAUCCGCUCCACUGAGGCGCCCUACAUCCCCGACGUCAGCUCCCCAUCUGACACCUCCAACUUUGACGUUGACGACGAUAUUCUUAAAAACCCGGACAUCGCUCCUCCAGUCACACACAGCGGCUUCACCGGGCAACAUCUGCCCUUCGUAGGCUUCACCUACACCACGGACAGCUGCUUCUCGGACCGCGGCAGCGUCAACAGGGCCGGCCUGUCUGAUGGGAGCUCCCAGGAUGGGGGAGGAGAAGAGGGGGUUCCCCCGGACCAGGAGGGGGGGCUGGAAGUGGAAGCCUUUGAGAGGAGGAUCCGCCGACUGGAGCAGGAGAAGCAGGAGCUGAACCGCAAGCUGCAGGAGUCCACUCAAGCAGUGCAGUCUCUCCACGGGCCGGGCCGCGGGGCCAGCACCCUGGGCCGGGACAAGGAGAUGAAGAAGCUCAACGAGGAGAUUGACCGGCUCAAGAAGAAACUGGCAGACUCUGAUAGGCUGGAGCACCAGCUAGAGGAGGCGGUGACUCUGCGCCAGGACUACGAGAGCUCCUCCUCCAAGCUGAAGGCCCUGGACAAACAGGUUAAAGCCCUAAGACAGGAGAAGGAGGAGAUCCACAAGCAACUGGUGGAGUCCCUGGAGCGCCUCAAGUCCCAGACCAAGGAGCUGAAGGAGGCCCACAGCCAGCGGAAGCUGGCCCUACAGGAGUUCUCUGAGCUGAGCGAGCGCAUGGCCGAGCUGCGUUCCACCAAGCAACGCCUCUCACGCCAGCUCCGCGACAAGGAGGAGGAGAUGGACGCUGCUGUGCAGAAGGUGGACGCCAUGCGUCAGGACAUCCGCAAGACCGAGAAGGCCCGCAAGGAGUUGGAGGCCCAGUUGGAGGAUGCCAAGGCAGAGGCGUCUAAGGAGCGAAAGCUGCGCGACCACAGCGAAGUCUAUUCUAAACAGCUGGAGAUGGAGCUUGAGACCCUCAAGGUGAAGCAGCAGGGUAGCGGGCGUGGGGCUGGGAGCAGCAGCCCAGAGCUGCAGCAGGAACUGUCCAAGGUGAAGUCUGAGCUGGACAAGAAGGUGCUGUUCUACGAGGAGGAGCUGGUGCGCCGCGAGGCCUCCCACACCAGUGAGCUCAAGGGCCUCCGGAAGGAGCUCCACGACUCAGAGGGCCAGCAGCUCUCCCUCCACAAGGAGCUGCUCAUGCUCAAGGACAAGCUGGAGAAAGCCAAGAGAGAGAGACAAACCGAGACGGAUGAGGCAGUGGGCGCUCUAAAGGACAAGUACGAGCGUGAGCGCAGCAUGCUGACCGAGGACAACCGCAAGCUGACCACAGAGGCUGACAGGCUGUGUACGUUUGUGGACAAGCUGACUGCUCAGAACCGCCAGCUGGAGGAUGAGCUGCAAGACUUGGCCUCUAAGAAGGAGAGCGUGGCUCACUGGGAAGCCCAGAUCGCUGAGAUCAUCCAGUGGGUGAGUGAUGAGAAGGAUGCCCGCGGCUACCUGCAGGCCCUGGCCUCCAAGAUGACUGAGGAGCUGGAGUCUCUCCGCAGCUCCAGCCUGGGCCCACGACCCCUGGACCCCCUGUGGAAGGUGCGACGCAGCCAGAAGCUGGACAUGUCGGCCCGUCUGGAGCUGCAGUCGGCCCUGGACGCCGAGAUACGGGCCAAGCAGCUGGUCCAGGAGGAGCUUCGCAAGGUCAAGGCCUCCAACAUCUCCUUCGAAAGCAAACUGAAGGACUCAGAGUCCAGGAGCAGGGAUAUGGUGGAGCAGCUGGAGAUCAUGAAGAAGGACUUGGAGGAGAGCCGUUCCCGCUCAGACAAAGGUCUGAAACUGCCCGAUUUCCAGGACUCCAUUUUCGAGUACUUCAACACCUCUCCACUGGCCCACGACCUGACGUUCAGAGAAUCGGUCUCUUCCUCAUCCGCGUCCUCUCUGCUAGCGUUUUGGGAUGAAACCAGCUCUGUCAGCGAGAUAGAUGCCACGCCCCAGAAGUCAGACGUCCCUUCCUCGUCGCCCUCCGUGGCCUCUGAGCAGGAUGAGCCAAUCCCCAAGCCCACUGCUGUUACCCCUACCGUCCCCUCCCCGGUCUAUCCAACAUCGCUGCUGACCACACCAAAGCCCAAAGCUCACCAGCUGAGCAUCAAGACCUUCUCCAGCCCCACCCAGUGCACGCACUGCACCUCCUUGAUGGUGGGUCUCAUCCGCCAGGGCUACGCCUGCGAAGUGUGCUCCUUCAUCUGCCAUGUAUCCUGUAAGGACAAUGCCCCCCAGGUGUGCCCCAUCCCCCCUGAGCAGGCCAAGAGGCCUCUGGGCAUCGACGUACAGAGGGGCAUUGGCACCGCCUACAAGGGCUUCGUCAGGAUCCCCAAGCCCACGGGGGUAAAGAAGGGCUGGCAGCGGGCGUACGCCGUGGUGUGUGACUGUAGACUCUUCCUGUACGAGGUGCCUGAGGGCAAGUCCACCCAGCCAGGCGUGGUGACCAGUCAGGUCCUGGACCUGAGAGAUGAGGAGUUUUCCGUCAGCUCUGUCCUGGCCUCAGACGUCAUCCACGCCACCCGCAAAGACGUCCCCUGCAUAUUCAGGGUGACGUCGUCCCUGCUGAGCUCGCCGGCGGGUGCCGUCUCCCUGCUGGUGCUGGCUGAGAGCGAGGUUGAGAAGAAGAAGUGGAUGGGCAUCCUGGAGAGCCUGCAGAGCAUCCUGGCCAAGAACCGCUUGAGGAACCGCGUAGUGCACGUCCUGCACGAGGCCUACGACUCCUCGCUGCCCGCCAUCAAGACCACGCUCUGCGCCGCCAUCGUCGAUCGAGAGCGUAUCGCCCUGGGAACAGAGGAAGGUCUGUUUGUAGUGGAGGUCACCAGAGAUGUGAUCGUGCGGGCGGCCGACUGCAAGAAGGUGCACCAGAUGGAGCUGAUCCCCAAAGAGAAGAUGAUGGCCCUGCUGUGUGGACGCAACCGACACGUGCACCUGCACCCCUGGGGGGUGCUGGAGGGGGCCGAGGCGGCCUUCGACAUCAAGCUGACAGAGACCAAGGGUUGCCAGGCACUGACCACGGGCGUGCUACGCCCCGGGGGACCCGCCUGCCUGCUGGCCGCCGUCAAGCGCCAGGUUCUGUGUUAUGAGAUCACCCGGGCCAAGCCGCACCACCGCAAGCUGUGGGAGGUGCAAGCCCCGGGGGUGGCCCAGUGGCUGGGCAUGGUGCGCGAGCGCCUGUGCGUGGGAUACCCCUCAGGUUUUGCCCUGUUGGCCCUCCAGGGCGAGUCGUCGCCCGUCAGCCUGGUGAGCCCCGGGGACCCGUCGCUAGCCUUCCUGGCCCAGCAGCCCCUGGAUGCGCUGCACGCCCUGGAGGUGGGCACGGCCGAGCUGUUACUCUGCUUCAGCCAGCUGGGUAUCUAUGUGGACCCCACUGGGAAGAGGAGCAGGGCCCAGGAGCUGAUGUGGCCCGCCAUGCCGCUCGCCUGCAGCUCCAACUCCUCCUACCUUACGGUGUACAGCGAGUAUGGGGUGGAUGUGUUUGACAUACACACCACUGAGUGGGUCCAGACAAUUUCACUGAGGAAGUUAAGGCCUCUGAAUGUGGAGGGCAGUUUGAACCUGCUGGGCUCUGAACAACCGCGCCUCAUCUACUUCAGCAACAACUCCACAGAAGGUGACCUGGCCAUCCCUGAGACAUCUGACAACAGUAAGAAGCUGAUGGUGAGAACGCGUAGCAAGAGGAAGUUCCUCUUCAAGGUCCCGGAAGAGGAGAGACUGCAGCAGAGGAGAGAGAUGCUGAGGGACCCUGAGCUGAGGUCCAAGUUGAUCUCCAACCCAAUCAACUUUAACCACGUGGCACACAUGGGCCCUGGCGACGGCAUGCAGGUCCUCAUGGAUUUGCCUUUGCAGAGCGAGAGCGCCGCCACCACCCCCCCCUCAUCCUCCCGCCACCACGCCCUGAUCCCACCGAGCAACUUUGAGCACGUCUAUCACAUGAGCCUCGUGUCGGCCGGCCUGUACCUGCAGAAAGAGCCCGCCUCUUCCUCCGCCACCUCCUCUUCCACCUCCUCGCUGCAGCACUGCAGCAUGCCCCAGCUCUCAUCCUCCUCCUCCUCCUCUCCCUCCACCUCCUCCCUAGGAAGGAGUGUGAUGCAUUCUUCUCAGGAUGACCCGGCCAAGGACAAGCCCCGCCCACUCUCCAGUAUCUCCCGGCAACAGAGGAGCAUGAGCCACAUAACCCGCACGGCCUCUGGUGCAGACUUUGGAGGAGCAGGAUCGUCUCGGAACAUCUCCGACCCAGACGGGGACUUUGAGAGAGAGCCGGACUCCGACUCCACCAAGCACUCCACCCUCUCCAACAGCUCCGACCCCAGCAGCCCUCCCAGCCCCAACUCCCCCCACCGCAGCCAGCAAACACUGGAUGGCCUGGAGCACACCCUGGACGGUUGAGGAGCCCACCCACCCACACACACCUGACAUACGCACACCUUACACACACACACACACACACACACAUAAUGCGUGCUUAAUCACUCAACACCUACAUUCGAUAUAGAACUUGUGUAUCGCUGCAAAGUGCCAAGAACAGACUUUGUGGACAAAAUGCCACCGCUGAAGCCUUUUCUGCGUGUGACGAGCAUAGACCCUCCCCCAAAAAAGUGAGGGGCACAUGGUUAUUUGAAGCUAACGCUAAAAAAAAAGAAAAAAAUCAGCCAGUAUAGAUUUGUUUUUGUUUUUCUUCAUUUCAGGCCAUAAAUGUUUCCUAUGAGUUAAGGUUAUUAUUACUUAGUUGAAAUGAUCAAUACAUAUAGGUGAGAUGGGGCUGAAUUAAAAACAGAGAUUACUGAUGGGGGGGGGACUCACAGAAAAAGCAUUAAUGAUGAACUGUCCUAAUCAUAGGUAUAAGUUUGUUUAAAAAAACAAAACAAAGAUGAGAGGGAAAUAACUGUUGUUUUUAAAGCGUAUAGUAUUUUACAUGGACAUGUUGAGCUCGAACUUGGCGGACACUAAACUGAACGGUGAAAGAAAUGGCAGACUUUUUUCAAGAACCAUAACCCCCCCCACCCACACACGCACACACUUCCCAGCCCCUUCUGUACUGUCGUUGUAAACUUAUUGAGCUGUUCCCGGACCAUUUUGAGAGCUGUACCUUCCCAGGAGACGAGCUGCCAUUCAGUUCAACUGACUGCAGGGGGUUUUAGUGUAAAGCUAAAUUAGUGGGCAUAUUUUACAGCAUUUACAUCUCCUGCCAGCCUUUGUAACAUGCGUUGUUUUUAACUUUGGAUCUUUUGCCAGAAAAACGUAUAUAGUUGGCGCCAUAGCAACCAGAUAUAGAAGAAGAAAUGGAAACAGAAUCAUGAGACUUUAAUUUCUCGAUACGCGGUUUUAAGUGGUGGGAAUCUGAACAUAGCGAAAAGGACCACAUUACUCAUAGGAUUAUUAAUAAGAGUCCUUCACAAGCUGCUGCUGCUUUCGUGUGCUAUGUUUAAAUAAAUAGGUAUGUGUGUGAAGACCUGCUCACUAUAGAGAGAACCCCCCCCCGGCCAAGGCCCUCGCAUUUUAAAUCGUUCAAUUAUGAGAGUGGGAAGCAUUAGUGGUGGUGUACAGUCAUAGCGCCAUACCGCCACAGGGGGGUGUCUGAAUAGGUUUUUUUUCCUCCAGUGUGGGAUGUUUCAUUGUACAGAAGUAUGAGAUACAUUACAGGCAUGUGUGGCAAAUCCAGUUUAAUCACUCUAGUGUGCCUUCAGUGCCAUUUAUUUGUUUUAUAGUACCUCGUUCAGAUCAAUUCCCGAAGUGAUUUUAAAUAUCGGUGAGAGGGGGGGGGGGGUUCCAGAAACACUGUAUUAAACUUGCACAUGUUUUAGUCCAAGGAAUAUCAUCUUUUGAUUUUGUGUCAGUGAUCAUUCUCGUUCCUUUUAUUCUUCCCGGACUUCUGUUCAGCUCUCCGAAGACGGGACAUUUUUUUCUCUCUCUCUUUGAAACACUACUGCUUUUUUUUUCUCUUAAAAAAAUAAAUAAAAAUCACCAGUUGGAAUCUUUGUAAUUAUUGAAUUGUUAGCAACAAACAUUUGAACAGACAAUAAAAGAGUAUCUGUUGUGCUUC